UUGAAGGAAGUGUGUUCAACACAGUCGCGAUGGUGGCAAACCAACACCUGCCAGCCAUUCUCCGCGCGGCGAGGCCAUUCUUCGUCAUUGCUGGCCCGUGCGUGCUUGAGUCGGAGGCAGUCGUGCUGCAAAUUGCCAACAGGCUCAAGGCGAUUCGAGACGACCUCGGAAUCCCCGUGGUCUUCAAGGCCAGCUUCGACAAGGCGAAUCGUCAGGACCUCGCCAGCUAUCGUGGCCCGGGGCUUGAAAAGGGCUUGAGCCUCUUGCAGCAUGUGAAAGCACACACGGGACUACCGCUCCUGACCGACGUUCAUGAGACGUACCAAGUGGACGCUGUGGCACAAGUCGUCGACAUUAUUCAGAUUCCAGCGUACCUCUGCCGGCAGACAGACUUGCUCGUUGCCGCCGCGCGGACGGGUAAAUUGGUCAACAUCAAAAAAGGCCAAAUGACGUCGCCAGCCACCAUGCUCCUCGCCGCCAAAAAGGUGACGACGACCACUGGCCACGGCGAUGUCCUUCUCACGGACAGAGGCACGAUGUUUGGCUAUGGCGAUCUCGUCGCUGACCCGCGCAACAUUCCCCGGCUGCGGCAAAACGGCGGCUUAGUGGUCCAAGACGUCACCCACAGUGUGCAACGAACGGGCGGCAACACGAGCACGAGCACUGGGGACCGCGAAUUCAUCCCGACCAUUGCACGCAUGGCCGCGGCAGUUGGAGUGGACGGGCUCUUCAUGGAGACGCAUCCGGACCCGGCAAAAGGCCUGAGCGACGCCACAACCAUGUUGCCGCUGGACGAGCUCGAGCCAUUGCUCGAAGAACUCAUCGCGAUUGCAAACGCGUCGAAAGGUAAUCCAUCCAAGCAACGAUAGAUCCUCGUCCAGAUCAAGCCCACGCAUUGCCUUGAAUUCAAUCGUGCCGAAUCUUUACGUCC